AUGGGUAUGGCAGAUCCGAUGUUGUCGAUGCAGGUGGAAGGAACUGAUAUGACCUUUCUUGUGGACACUGGAGCGACCUAUUCAACACUGAGACAAAAACCAAGCAGUACCACAUUUUCCAACCACGUGGUCAGUGUCGUAGGCUUCUCUGGGGUACCGAUGACUCUGCCAACAACCAAUCCAACCCUGACGGUGCUGGGAAAACAGACAUUGAAGCACAGCUAUGUGGUAUCUCCCCAUGUGCCUGUGAACCUGAUGGGCAGGGAUCUGCUCAUUAAAUUGGGGGCCACUAUCAUGUGUUCAGCUGAUGGACUAACAGUUACACUUCCAGGAGGAAAAGAGUUUCCGUGCCUGGGGACAUUUUCAAAGAACCAGUACUUACUGAAAGACUGUGAACAAAUGACCGCUGACAUCUAUUGGGGUCGUAUGGUGGAAGAAGGCAUACUAAGACAGUAUCAGUUGUGGAAACCUUGGAUUAUGGCCUUGGCGGUCUAUUCUGCCCCCCGGGAUCCAUUCCAUGUGACGCUCUUCUAUGAUAGGAACGAUGAUGAAAUUUAUAGGGACCUGUUCCAGUCUGACCUUGAAGGUCAGACCUGGAAUGUGUGUUCUCAAAACAUCUAUGUUGGUCCUGAAGGCGUCGCCGCAGCUGUAAAUUUAACCGAAGAGCAACGGCCUUGGUUCAAAAUGGGACCUGAUUCAGUGCCCCACAUUACAUUGGCGGUCCAUGAGAGUCAUCAGGCGAAGGAGCUGGGGACAAUGGUCAAGAGAGCCCUCGAGGAACCUGGCUGGCAGGCUACUCAAAUUCCAGAUGUUUGUGAACUUGAUGGGCAGGGAAGUCUGCUCAUUAAACUGGGGGCCACUAUCAUGUGUUCUGCUGAUGGACUAACAGUUACACUUCCAGGAGGAAAAGAGUUUCCGUGCCUGGGGACAUUUUCAAAAAACCAGUACUUGCUGAAAGACUGUGAACAAGCUACAGCUGACAUUUAUUGGGGUCGUGUGGUGGAAGAAGGCAUACUGAGACAGUAUCAGUUGUGGAAACCUUGGAUCAUGGCCUUGGCAGUAUAUUCUCUCCCUCGGGAUCCGUACCACGUCACGCUCUAUUAUGAUAGGAACGAUGAUGAAAUUUAUAGGGACCUGUUCCAGUCUGACAUUGAAGGGCCUACAGAUGUGGGUCUGGCAACUUGUUCGCCUGUUCUGUUCCAGCUGAAGUCGCAAACGCCAAUUUGGAAACCGCAGUAUAGGCAAAAGAGAGAAGCUGAGGAGGGAAUCGCAGAAACCAUUGAAGGCCUACUGACAGUAGGGGUGCUUGAACCCUCUCAAUCUUGCUGGAACACUCCUAUUUUGCCAGUAGAGAAGCACGGGACAGGAAAGUACAGAAUGGCACAUGACUUAAGAGCCAUCAAUGCCAUUUUACGUACUGACACGGUGCCAGUGCCAAAUCCCUACACAGCAUUGACGGCAUUAACACCAGAACAGAAGUGGUUUACAUGUAUUGAUCUAGCAAAUGCAUUUUUCUGUCUCCCAUUGCAUGAGUCUCUGAGGGACAUUUUUUCAUUCACAUAUAGGGGGCAACAGUACAGAUACACAAGGUUGCCACAAGGAUUUGCACUCUCCCCUGGCAUUUUCAACCAAGUGUUGAAAGAAGCUCUAUCGCCAUGCCACCUACCAGAGGGGUGUUCACUGGUGCAAUAUGUUGAUGAUCUACUCAUUGCAGCUCCGUCUGCUUCGGCAUGCACGGCAGCUUCACUUACCAUACUGAAGAGGCUCGCUGAGUGCGGGUUUAAAGUCAGUAAAGAGAAGUUGCAGUUGGUCCGACCAGAAACAGGAGAAUUGCCCGGAGGCAGAGGUCUAUCCGCUCCAGAGUCCAAAACAAGCGAGUCGUCGAGAAAAUUCAAACGCGCGGUUGGUUCAGGUGGGAGUGAUGAGUGUCUCAAAGCCAGUGGCGGGGUCGAGUUUGG